AUGAAUGAAUUACAACAUAAAUUACGGCUUGAUGGGUUAGAGGAAAUUCGGAUUAUUAAGGACAAGAAGACUGGCAAGUCGCGACAAUUCGCCUUCGCUCAAUUCGCUACUAUUGCAGACGCAACUCGUCUCCUAGAACGACAUUAUCCUAGUCUCACUUUAUAUGAUCCACAAGAAGGUGCUCAGCAAGGAACGUCUCAACCAGUCAAAGUUCGGAUCGCGUACAGUCGCGAGAGGGACGAUCGUGACAAAGCCGGUUAUGGGGAGGACGAUUGGAAGUGUGAUGUGUGUUACCUUCCUAAUUUUUCCAGUCGCACACUAUGCUUUCGUUGCAAUGCUCCAAGAACUCGUGCCUCGGCUCACGGAAUUGUUAUUGCGCAAGCCAACAUGUCUGCUUUCUCCGGGUUUGCCACAACGGGAGACAGCGACGCAGCCCUUGAUGGUAAUGCUUCACAAUUUCUGUUGUUGCGCGGUUUAGAGCCAGGUGUGAACGAGGACCUCUUAGCCAAAGGCGUUAGUAAGCUUUAUAAGACCAAGGCCACCAAUUCUUCGAAUGACAAUCAAGCGAACAAAAAGACAAAAAUAGCUUCCACAUCGAACGAUUCAAGCUACGGGGCGAAAGAAGGAUCACUUCGACGCGUUCUGUUGAUCCGUGACCGCAAAACCAACGAUAGCUGGAGGUAUGGCUUCGCUGAGUUCAGCACGGUUGAAGAUGCGCAAGCCGCAGUGGCUAAAUACAAGGCUUCGGAGAAAUUUACUAUUUCAUCGAAGCCCGUGAUGAUUUCUUAUAUACAUGCAGGCGUAUUCGUGCCUGUCCUUCGUCCUUUGGAAAACGGGGAUGCUCAAUUUACGUUUAGCCCUUUGUCGAAUAACGCGAUUAAGUUGAUGUAUUGGGACGAGGCUGCUUACGCUAAUGAGCUUGUCACUGCAGUCGCAGAGCAGCCGUCGGUCGAGAAACGCAAGCAAAGUGAGCAUGCCAAGCGUGCAGCUGCUGCAGCAAAUGAGGGCUUGGUAGAUCAGAGUAAGGAGGGUGAGGCUCGACCCAAAAAGCGGAAGGUCGAAAAGGAAGCCAAGAUUGUAGCGCCUCACCUACAGUUCUGGUCUAAUAGGCAUGCUGAAAUCCAUGGCAUUACGCCCAAGCAGCCCGAAGAUGCCAUUCCUGGAGCCUCGCAGAACAGUGUGGACAACAAAAUCUUGACCGAUGGAACCAAACCUUCCACCCAGAGUUUUGCGGACUUGAAUCGAAAGUGCUGUCUUCUAUGUUCUCGGCAGUUUAAAUCAGAAGAAGACGUUAAGAAGCACGAGCAUACGAGCAAGCUCCAUCGAGACAACAUGAAGGAUUCGGCGCUAGUUGCUAAUGCAUUGAGUAAACUCAGCAAAUCAAUUGAAAAUCCCAAUAGCUCGGCUUAUAGAGACAGAGCCAAAGAGCGGAGGCAAGCCUUCAACCAACCGAAGCAGCCAGCUGCACAACACAACCGUGGAUCAAAGCCUUCCACCGACACGGAUGCGAUUGAUACAUCAGUGCAGUCUAAGGGCGCAGCAUUGCUGGGGAAAAUGGGCUGGACUGCUGGCGAGGGUUUAGGUGCACAAGGUACGGGAAUGACUGAUGCAAUAAGGACGGACCUCUACAGUGCCGGAGUUGGCUUAGGUGCGCAAGGAGGCAAGCUUGGUGAUGCUGCUGAAGAAGCGCAGCGUCAAACGACCGGAACCUAUGCUGAUUUCCUGAAUAAAACGAAGGACAAAGCGAAAGAGCGCUUCGAGAGUCUUGCUUGA